GACGUUCCUGUUUCCUAGACGAAACUGUCAAUUUGACUUUUGUCAUGUUGGAAGUAGGAAAUUCCGUGGGGCUCAGUUAGUUGUUUAGGAUUGUAAAUGCUUUGUUUUAAACAUAUUACUUUAAAUAUCAAUUAUGAUUAAUUAGAAAAUGAACUAAUGUGGUUAUAUUCGAUGCCAAGGUAGUGUUUUCCUAUCUGUGUCGACGUGUAAAGUGCGAAAAAUAGAUGUUAUAAGUGAAGAUGUCUCCGAAUAGAUGCGAUGGGUUACUCGCGAAGGUCGAUUUUCCACUCUACACACUUCAGACCCUCACGAAUCGGCACGUCCUCGUUGCCGGAGGUGGAGGAGCAUCCAACACGGGCGUAGCGAAUGGAUUCGAAAUAUUUGAACUAUCACACAAUGGAACUCGAUUUGUAGCAGAAGAGGUGAUGAGAUAUGAAACAGGGCCCAAUGUGGUGAUGACAUGCUCCAUACAAAAUGCUCAAAACCGUAUCUACCUUGCGGCUGGUCAAGAAAGCCAUUGUCAGUUAUACAAAGUGAAUGUGAAGAUGGUGGAUGCAGCAGAGAUGAGACGAGGGAGUUUCAGAGCUGAGAAUGGUUUGGUACGCCGGCGUCGCACAGUAUCGGAAAAUGACAACAUUUCAAAAAUGGAAAGGGAGAAAAGGAAUCAUAGAACAGAUAAAAGGAUGUCCUUUGAAAUACGGCCAUGUGAUAGUGUACAGACAGAUUUUGCGAAUGAUCCCCUACAGAGGGUGGUAACUAUUAGUCAUAAUGGUAAAAUAAUGGCAACAGGUGGCAUAGAUGGAGUAGUCAGGAUAUGGUCGUUUCCACAAAUGCAAUUACUAUUUGAACUAAAAGGACACACCAAAGAGCUGGACGACCUAGACUUCAGCCCGUGCGACAGCCGGCUGGUGAGCAUCGCGAAGGACGGGCAGGCGCUGCUGUGGGGCUGCGCCGCGCGCGCGCCGCCGCUGCUCAGCCUCACGUGCCAGCCGCCCAACGGCACCAAGUACCUGUUCCGACGGUGCAAGUUCGGCGAGAUAGAGGACAAGGCGGGCGCGUACCGCAUGUUCACGAUCGCCAACCCGCUGGCGCGCUCGGGCAAGCAGAAGGGCUUGCUGCAGCUGUGGGAGCCCACCAGUGGGCAGCUGCAGCGCUCCGUGCUCAUCGCCGAGUCGCUGUCCGCGCUCGCCGUGCGCGACGACGGCCGCUUCGUGGGCGUCGGCACCAUGUUCAGCGGCUCCGUGGAUAUCUACAUCGCGUUCAGCUUGCAGCGCGUCCUGCACGUGUCGGGCGCGCACGGCAUGUUCGUGACGGGGCUGCAGUGGGUGGGCGCCAAGGGCGGCGCGGGCGGCGCGCUGCAGGGCCGCAGCGAGGCCGCGCUGCUGUCCAUCUCCGUCGACAACCGGCUCGUGGUGCACACGCUGCCCUACCCCGGUACUCUCCCCGCCUGGGUUGCCAUCCUAAUGAUCAUAUUUGUAUUAUUCUGUACCUUCAGUUUAUGUUCGUAUCUAGGUAUAUAGCGAAUAUAUAUAUCGUAAUUUAAUUAUUUUGUCAAUAAAUAUAUUAUUUACAUUGUAAGAGUCGGGGGCGAUAGGUUAAAUUAUAGAGAAUUGGUGUAAAUCAGGCUAGUAUAAUAUAAUUGUUAUUAUAUAUGUUUGUAUAAAUAGAAUCAAUUAAAUGAAGGAUUUGAAGGUG